GUUUUUAGCAGUUUAAUGUCUCGCCAAUAAUGUGUCUACAGAUUGACGGUUAUUAUACUGGCGUUUUCAAGUGGAACCAUAACGGAUGCUGAUUUAUACAGUAAAAAAAAAGAUUUAAUGUAUGAUAUGUUAUAUGCCGCGAUACCAACUACUGACAAUCAAGAUCAAUACAUUGAUAGUGGUCCUGAUGGAUUACCAGCAUUUGGCUUUCGCAUUGGAUCAGAAGUUAAACAACCAUAUCGAUUAUGUUUACCUGAAAAAUUACCAAGUGAAUUUACUAUUGUCAUAUCAAUUAAACCAAUGACUGAAGAAACAAGUUAUAUAUUUGCAGUACUUAAUCCAUUUGAUACAAUUAUUCAACUUGGAAUUCGUUUAUUGGAAGUUGUUAAAUCAACUCAAAUCAUAUCAUUAAUAUAUACUGAUUCAGAUGAUCAUUCUCAUUCAGAAGAAAUAGCUCAAUUUACAGUGCCAAGUUUAUAUACAAAAUGGUCACUUAUUGUGAUCAAAGUGUCUUCCAAAAAUAUUACACUUUAUCUUGAUUGCCAUGAAAUUGGAACGAAAAUUGUUACUCGAAGUCCUCAAGAGCUUGUUUUUGAUGCUGCAAGUACUCUAUACAUUGGACAAGCUGGUCCACAUGUUCGUGAAAAAUUUGACGGCUUACUUCAAACACUGAGGCUUUAUUCAGGCCUUCAAGAUAACAUAACUAAUUGUUAUCAUAAGAAUAUAAUAGCAGCAAAAAAUGGAUUGCCAGUUGUAAAAGAGGAUACAAGUCCAUUUGGUCGACCAGGUCAAAAAGGAGAAACAGGACUUCCAGGACCCAGAGGAAUACGUGGUGAUAAUGGUCAAAAAGGUGAAAAAGGAGACAAAGGAAAUAUGGGUAUUCAGGGUUUAAAAGGUGAGACAGGAUUAACCGGACUUCCUGGAGAACGUGGUAAACCUGCUGAAAAAGGAGAAAAAGGAGAUACUGGACCACCAGGACAUUGUACAUUGGGUGAUAGAGUAUCAUCUGAUAUUCUUAUUGAUCCAGGAACACUGCAGUAUGGAGUUACAGGAAAAUUUGGUUUACGUGGUUACAAAGGUGAUACUGGUACAAAAGGACAAAAAGGCGAAAAAGGUUCAUGUAUAACACAAAAGCUACCUGAACUAGAUAAAUUUAAAAAUUCUCAAGGUGCUAAAGGUGAACCUGGUAAAGAUGGUAUACCUGGAUAUCCAGGUAAUCCUGGUAUGAAAGGAGAUCGUGGUGAAAAAGGUCCACCGGGUUUAUCAUCAAUUGGUGAUUUUAGUAAUCUUGCAUCAACACUCAAAGGAGACAAAGGAAAUGAAGGUAAACGUGGUAGAAGAGGUCGACCAGGUCCAAUGGGUCCACCUGGUAAACCAGGUGAUAUUGGUGGACUUGAAAUAGAUGAAUUAGUGUUAAAAGGUCAGAAAGGACAAAUUGGACAACCAGGUCCUCCUGGAUUACCUGGUCAACAAGGACUUCCAGGCCCUUCUGGACCACCUGGACCACCUGGUCCACCUGGGUCUGUACAACUUCCGAGUAUACCAAUUUCUAUACUAGAUGAUAGUCAUAAAAUUAAAGAAUCAACUCUAUCGAGUCUUCCUGGUGUAUCAAUUCUUAAUAAUGAUAAACUCAAUAAACAUAAUGAUGUUACAAAUUUAAAAUAUGAUUAUCAAGAACAUGAUAAUUCUGGAGAUGGUUCUAGCUCAGUUUUAACGAAAAAUAUGAAAAAAUUAACAACACAAAUAGUUCCAGGUGCUAUUAUUUUUCAAGAUAAGAGUGCACUCACUGAGAUGUCAACUAUAAGCCAAGUUGGAACACUAGCAUAUAUUGUCGAUGAAGAAGCUUUACUUGUAAAAGUAAAUUUUGGAUGGCAGUACAUAUCUCUUGGAUCAUUAUUAUCAAUACCAACAUCUUCUCAAUCUACUGUUGAGCUAUCAUCAUCAUCAUCAGUCACUCCAUCAUACGGACUGUCUAAUUUAAUUGAACAAAAUAAAAAAAAAAAAAUUGAAGAUAAUGGGGUACAUCCAAGGAAUCCAAAAAUGUUGAGAAUAGCUGCACUAAAUGAUCCAACAACAGGUGACAUGCAUGGAAUUAAAAGUGCAGAUUAUGCAUGUUAUAGACAAGCACGAAGAAAUGGAUUUGAUGGAUCAUUUCAGGCAUUAUUGAGCUCUCGAACACAUAAUAUUGAGGAUAUAAUAAAACAAGAAGAUAGAAAUAUUCCAAUUGUAAAUCUUAAAGGUGAAAUAUUAUUUAACUCAUGGAAUGAAAUGAUUAAUCGUAAUGGAGCAUAUUCAACGACAAAACCACGUAUUUACACUUUUAAUGGAAAAGACAUACUGACUGAUUUUUCAUGGUUUCAUAAAAAAAUAUGGCUGGGUUCACCACUUGAUGGAGAUCAAGUUGUAGACUUGGAUUGUGAUGCUUGGCGUUCUGAAAGUACUGAACAUUAUGGUUUAGUAUCAUCAAUAAUAAAUGGCUUUUUACAUGAAUCAAUACGUUAUUCAUGUAAAACAAAACUAGCCAUUCUAUGUGUAGAAAUGAAUACUGAAGAAUAUGAAAAACGUUGAAGCUUAUAUUGAUACCAAUUGUAACGAGUUAACUGAUUAAUAUUAAUGAUAAUUAUAAUAAUUAUGGAUCAAUAAAUAUUAAUAAUUACAGCAAUAUCAAA